AUGCCUCGCUUAAAGCCACAAACUUUCAAACAAGAACAAGAUUCAAAUAAUAACAGUCGAAAAUUAUCAGUUAUUGAAUAUUCUCAUCUUAUUACGCAUGGUCUUAUCAAUGUUCAUGAUGAUUAUGCAGAACAAUUUUUACUUGAUACAAAAACGUGUCUAUCAAAUUAUAUUCGAUUGGGAAUUAAUUAUGAUCAAUUACAACGUGUGAUAGAAAAUUUUACAAGGUAUGACAAUAUAAUACUUACUUUUCUAAUGUUGAAUAAUCAUUGUUGUUUAGUAAAUAGUGUAAGCAAAUAAAUCAAAAAGUGAGACCCAAAUAAUAUAUUAAAAUAGGCCGGAAAAGAAAAAAAGAAACUUUUUUUGUUGAUUGUUUAUUUGUAUAGAUUGAGAGAAAAAAAACGUACAGUAUUUCUUCGUAUUUUUUAUUUUAAAGUGAUCUUACGUGCUUAAAACAAACAAUGAAUUUAGCAGUGUAAAGAAUAAUCAUCAUGAAAAAGAUGAAACUCUUAAAUAUCUAAUGGCUACCGAUAUAAUUACUGCAUCAUCAUAUUACUUCACACAUAUUGUUAUCAGUGAUGGGAUCAGUCCAUGUUUUUUUUUUGGAAACGGGUAUGAGGAUGAGAGUGUGGGUGUGUAUCUUUGAUUGUACACCCACACCCCUGAAAGUCAGAUAAAAUAUAAUACAGAUAUCUAUGUUACUUACAGAGCAACAAGUGUUGAUCUUAUUAAGAACAGUAUUUCAAUACUUUCAGAUGUAAUUACUUAGUUAUUACCAAUUGACUAAAAUAUUCACAUCUGUAUUUACAUAAUUAUUCAUAUUUCGAAAGCUUCGUAACCAUAGGAUAUAAUCUAUAGCAUCUUAAUUGCUGCUUUUUAACAAAAGAUAUUCAUGUUUUUAUCAAUAUAAUCAUAACACAGAAGUCUCUUAUAUUUUCAAUGACUUCUACGCAUAAAAAAAUCUAGUAAAUUUUUGGUUGAAUGUUCAAUAUAAUCCCUGAAAAAUAUUUUAAACAAAAUCGGUUCUAUUCAUUUUUACUUACUAUUAAUAUGUUAGCGGUGUGGGUGUGGACCAUCUCUUCAUCCACAAUCAUAUUCACACCCACACCCACAUCCACCCACCCACCCUCUGUACAACUUUUUGUAUAAAAACUUGAUGAAUGCUAAUAGAAAGGUGCAUUUAAAUUUUCAAAAACAGAAAAUUUUCUUUCGCUAAGUAGACGGAAAAGGUAUUGUAAAAAAACGAAGUAAGUACAACCUGUUCGUAUUGACUCUAAUUAUCUGCACAAGCAGUCAUGAGUAGCAAGAAGACGUAUCACAGUGAUCCAUCAGCUAUAGACGCAACCGCGAUAAUAGGUGCAGAUGAUACUGAUGUGGUACGAUCAUCUGGUCA